GUAAGUUCUCGGUUGUCAGUUGUUGGUCGAUAGAUCAAAUUGUUGAAGUUUUUUAUGACAAUUUGUGACUGCGUCACGAUCAAAAUCAAAGAAAGUAUUAUUUUUGUAGGUAUGGUUACAAUGGGCGAACCUCUUACUUUAGCGAAUGAUGUGAAAAGAUCUAUUGAAUUACUAGAUAAAUUACAAAAAGGUGGCGAAGUACCUGCAACAAAAUUAGCUGCUUUACAAAAAGUUUUACAAAGUGAUUUUCUCAGUGCUGUACGUGAAGUAUACGAACAUGUAUAUGAAACUGUGGACAUUCAGGGGUCCCAAGAUGUUCGUGCAUCAGCUACAGCAAAAGCAACAGUUGCUGCUUUCGCAGCAAGUGAGGGUCAUGCACAUCCACGAGUGGUAGAACUACCAAAAACUGAAGAAGGUCUUGGUUUUAAUGUAAUGGGUGGUAAAGAGCAAAAUUCACCAAUUUAUAUUUCACGAAUUAUCCCUGGUGGUGUUGCUGAUCGCCAUGGUGGUUUAAAACGUGGUGAUCAACUUCUUUCUGUUAAUGGAGUGUGUGUGGAAGGAGAAAACCAUGAGAAAGCAGUAGAACUAUUAAAACAAGCACAAAAUUCUGUGAAACUAGUUGUGCGAUAUACUCCUCGUGUUCUAGAAGAAAUGGAAUUGCGAUUUGACAAACAAAGAGCUGCACGUAGGCGCCAACAUAUGCAGUAAAAAUAAAAAUUGUUACAUUUCAUUACUUUCUAUCAGUGAACCAACUAACUAUCUAUAUAUUGAUAUCAUUUAAAUGUUCCUUCAUUA